UUGAGGGUGCAAAGUGCCAAAAUAGUAUAUUUCAAGGGUGCAAAGUGGAAUUAAGCCUUAAAUGUUACAUACAUACACAGAUACAACUUAUCCCAAAGAUUCAUCAUCUUCCCACCAAUUUCCACGUCACUUCUGAGUUCUGAGUCCUGAUCUACUUUUCUCUGAUCUAUUUUUCAUUUUUUCCCAUUUUCCCCAACUUCCGACCUAAAUCCACCAGAGCGCGGUGGCUGAUGGAGCCAGCACCGCCGCAAUCGUCCGAGCAACGAAACAACCACGCCUCAUCCUCCUCUUCCUCGUCGCCGGGAAUGCAAUCUUCUCACGAAUCAGUAAAUAGGACGCCGGCGGGAGCGGGACCCAUGGGAAAGCAUCGAAUGGUUGCUGCAAUUUCUUUCCUCAAUCAGCAAAUCCAAUUAAUCCAGGAUGAGCUAGACGAGCUUGAUUCUACCGGUGGAGUCUCUACUAUUUGCCAAGAGUUCGUAUCGAACAUAGACUCUGUUCCAGAUGCUCUACUUCCAGUGAGCAUAGGGCCGGCGGAUGUAGGGUGGGAUAGGUGGUUCCAAGGAGCACAGAGCUCACGAAACCGAAGGAGAUGGAUAUGAACGCUUUAAUCUUUCAACUGGUAAUGAGUAUGAUAAAGAAAUUGAGUAUUAAUUAUUAUUUAUACCUUAAACACGAGGAUUUUGUAGACGCCACCUUAUAUUUUUUUUAAUGGAAGUCUUUUGGAUUUAUUCGUGUCUUAUUACACUGAAUUAAAGGUUACAACCGUAGCUGUAUAUUUCACGAUCGUCGUUAUACUAGUAAUUACUCUCGUUGUUAUGUGGUGACGCUUUAUCGAUCUUAAUCGAGUACACGAGCAAAGAUGAAGAACUGCAUAUUUUAAGUUGAUGUAUAUUGAGAAAGACUUGUAUUUACUGCAUAUUUAAGAUGAAGUUGACAUUCAAAUGUAAACAUUUAUUGGAGGAAUUUUAUAAGAUAAUGCUUUCUUGUUUCCUUU